AAAGUGAAUAUGGUGCUGUUAAGCACCUAACCUUACAUGUGAAACCCUCAAAACUACGUAGUUUUGAUUAUGUUUUUUUUAAAAAAUGAUUUUUAUUCUUUUCUUCUCCUAAUUUCUCUCCAUUUAUUUAGCCCCUUUUGAUUUCAUAUCCCUACUGCCGCUGCCAUCAUCAAAACCACGUCCAAGACUUGCCUUCAAGAAAUUGUUAAUCGAUCAAAGAGUCAAUGCAGGACACGCACAAGCUAAUGGAUUCAGAAGUUCAACUAGAGGAGGAGGCUUCAAAAACGAAUCUGAUUGACGAUAUUGAUGCAAAUGGGUACUUAGUCACACAUAGCGGUUCGGAUGCUGAAGUAGAGUUAAGAAAAGAUUUAGACAUGGAUUUCAGGUUUGAGAAAGAAGUAGCUAGUGAUGUAACUGGACAGGUUUUCGAUACUCUUGAUGAGGUAUAUGAUUUUUAUAGUCGUUAUGCAUUUGUACAUCGUUUCCCGAAUGCGAUAAUGUCUCUAUUUUUUUUUUUUUUUUUGCUAUCGGCAGGAUGUACAUAACACAGUGGAUUUACAACCUCAAUUAGAGGAGGAAACUUUGGAAACAAAUCAGGCUGACGGUUUGAAUGUUGAAAUAGAGAAAAAUAAAGACGCGAACGUUGAUCAUGGGUUUGAGAAAGAUGAAGAUAAUGAUGUAAUGGGAAUGGAUUUUGACAGUCCUGAUGAUGCAUAUGAGUUUUACAACCGCUAUGCCUUUUUACAUGCAUUUGGAAUACGCAUUUUUCAAACUUUUAGAGAUAAGACAACACAUGAUCCUUAUAGAAAGAAAUAUGUAUGCAACAAACAAGGUUUUAAAGAUUUAAAGAGUAAUAGUUCCGCUGGGCAUGUUAAGAAGCGUCGCAGGGAUUUAAGGACAGGAUGUGAAGCAUAUCUUCGGAUUUCUAAAAGUAAAGGUGGAAAAUGGUUAGUAGAUAUGUUUAAUGAUGUACACAAUCAUGAGCUAACUGUUACUCCAACCAAAGUAAUGAAACACCGUUCUCAUGGGAAGUUUCACCGCUCAAUGGCAUGCAAAUCUCUAGCAACGGAACUUGGUCGAUCUGGGUUGAAACCUUGUCAAAUCAAGAAGGUCGUAAAUACGGUGAAAAGUCCACUACAAAAUGAUGUUACAUCAAAGCAGUGUGCUGAUAUCUUAGCUGAGCAACGAAAACAGUAUAAAGGUAAAGAGUUUUAUGGGCUCAUUAAACAUUUCCAAGAUAAACUUAUUGAAGAUCCUAACCUUUAUUUUAUUGUGGAUUUAUUUGAUGACGGGUCUCCAAGAAAUAUUUUUUGGGCUGAUGGGAGAUCACGAGACUCAUAUAUAAAAUUUGGGGACGUUGUUGUUUUCGAUGUCACGUACAUGACCAACAAGUUUAAGAUGCCAUUUUCUCCAUUUGUGGGGGUGAAUCACCAUGGUCAAUCCAUACUUUUUGGUGGUGCAUUACUGGAGAAUGAGAAACAAGAAACUUUUGAAUGGUUAUUUCAAAAUUUUCUAAAGUGCAUGUUUAAUAAGUAUCCACAGGCAAUAAUUAUUGAUCAAGACAAAGCUAUCGGCAAUGCAAUCAGAGUUGUUUUCCCAAAUACGCGACAUCGUUAUUGUUCAUGGCAUAUUAAGAAACAUGAGAUCGAGCAUCUUCGAGCUCUUACAGUUCGUUACAAUGACAUUGAAGGGUUAUAUAAACAAUGGGUAAAAAGUAACACAGCUGAAGAAUUUGAAACUCGUUGGGAAUUUUUAUGUGGAAAAUAUAAUUUUGAAAGUGGCAGUUGGAUAAUGGAGAUGUAUAAGCAACGUAAACUUUGGGCUAAAGCUUACUUAAAAGAUUGUUUUUUUGCUGGCAUGACAUCAAGUGGGAGAAGCGAAAGCAUUCAUUCAUUUUUUGAUGGAUAUGUCAAUUCAAAGACCAUGUUGAACGAGUUUGUUAUCCAGUAUGAUAAAGCUGUUGAGGCUCGACGGGCAGCUGAAGAAGAUGAAGACUUUAAGAGCAUAAACUCAAAGCCAGUUCUUUCUUCUGUUAAUCCAAUAGAGGCAAAAGCAAGUUCACGUUACACUAGAAAACUCUUUGAUGCAUUCACAAAAGAAUGGACAGAAGCUACAUUCAAUUUAACUCAUGAGACGGUAAGCAAAAAUUUAGAAGAAAUCAUAUAUAAGGUUGGCCAAUUGGGUAUUGAUAAAAUAUACUGGAGAAAUGUUACUUUCCGUCUGUCACAAAAGAUAGAUGUGACAUGUUCAUGUGCAAAGUUUGAAACAUAUGGAAUAUUAUGCAAGCAUAUCUUAUAUGUCUUGAAGAAGAGACACGUUGAAACCCUUCCCGAUCAUUAUAUUUUACCUAGAUGGACACUUGAUACCAGGUAUAAGUUGGAUAAUAGCAACAUUGGGCUCGGAAAUAUACAUGGUGAAAAUGAAGUAAGUGCGUUAACAUUAUGGUGUGUUCAGUCAAAUUUCAGAAAAGCAAUCGAACAUGCACGAGACUCUCCAUUUGAGAUAAAGAAGCUAAAUACCAUAUUGAUGAAGUUUUUAGAUGAACAAAGUAAUCGAACGAAGUCCAAACAAGUUGAGAUUACAUCACAAGAUUCUAAUGUGGGAAGUUCACAAGUAAACAUGAUGCCUCAAAUUUCUAUCCGGGAUCCAUUAGUUCAUACUAAUACUAAAGGGCGUCCAAAAAAUGCAACUAGAAUCAAAUCUUCCCUUGAAGCACCAAAAAAGAGAACUUGUUCCUACUGUCAGGAAAAGGGUCAUAACAUCACCGGAUGCUCGAAAAAGAAGGCAGAUGCUGCUUUAAAAGAAAGAGAAGGAUGAUGUGUGAUGUUUGCAAUCGUUUCUAGAGUAGGUUUUUGAUGAAGAAUUGAUUAGAUUCUAUGUUUUUGGAAUCUCUAAACAUUUAUUCAGUUAUCAAU